UUUCUAUCUUUUUCCCCUUGUACUCCAAUAAAUAUUGUAGCCUUUCAAGGUUACGAGCAUCAGUUUCUGCUCACCUUUUCUCUAAUGCUCUUAUUCUUUUAAUCUUCAUCCAUGUUUUGAAAUCUUUCACAAUUCUUUCUUCAAGAGCUCCUAGACAUCAUACUUAACUUGAAGUUCCUUUGGUGGUCCACGGCAUGAAAGGUUGAUUAUAAACCCAAAGAGUUUCAAAUCUAGCUUGAUUUGAUUUUAUUUAAUCUAAUUUAGUUUAAUUUGCUUUUGAUUUAUGUAUUAAAUUUAAGUUUACUAGUACUGACGAUUUACUCAUGUUGUAGUUGCAAGGUUUCGCAAUCAAAGUCAGUAGAUUGAAUUAUUAUUCCCUCCAUUUAUUUAAUUUUACGAUAUUUAUUCUUGCUAGCAUCAUGUUUAGAAACAUUGUUUUUAAUUAUUUGCGUCAUGUUUAGGCUUUAUAUUAAUCAUACAUGUUAUUACUAUGCUUAAUGUCAUUUUUAUGAUUAUGUAGCAUUAUCUUUAGGAUGCUUUAAUUUGAUGUUUUUAAUAUUAUCGUCUAAUUACUUUCUAUAUUUAUGCAUGCCUAUGCUUAUUUGACUUCUUCUAUUUGAAAUGAUCACCUAUAUUUCAUGUUUAAUCAAAACCUAUACUUGAAAAUCACGCUUAAUAAGAAAAUUUAAUUUGGACAACCAGUUUAUUAAGUUCCCAAUAAUCUUAUUGCUAAAUUCAAGUGAUCACAAUUAUUAGAUUUAUGUAUGCACCAAAUAUUCAACCAACUUAGAUUAAUUAGAUUAGAGCGAAUUGAAUAUAUUAUUUGUAUGUAUUAUAGGUUACAACUAAUACAUGUCGCUAUAAAAAUCGAAUAGAGGCCAAUACGGGCGAGGGGCCCCGGUUACUCAAAGUGAUAAACGAAAUUCGUAAAUCAAAUGGCAAUAGCGUAAAUACCGAGCCUUGAAAUCCGUAAACAAUUGUUAAAAAAAGGCCAUCUGCAAAUAUACCAGCUAUAGCAGACGUUUUUGGUUGGAUGCGGAGUUAACAAUAUGUGAAACGGAAAAAACAGCUCCGUCAAUAUUGAGCGUUAACUUUUUACCAUGAGAGAGAAAGUGGAUUGUGUAACUUUGUUAGAAGAGAGAAGAGAGAGAAUAAUGGAAAAAGAGCUCGAAAUUAAACAAUGAAGGAGAAAGCAAAUGAGAAUCAACAUUAACAGCUAGAUCGAUCGUGAAUGCCAUUAAAAUUCUUGAAUCAAAUUGAGGUAACUAACUAUUAAUUAUUGACCAUUUUUUAUAUUAUGGAUGGCGAUUGUGAUGCUUUGGCUUCUGACUGUGAUAACGUGGGUGGUGAGGGGUGUUGGUCUGACUAUGCAGAUGACAUGGAUGACAUUGAUCUUAUGCCUCUAAUGUCCCCCAUCCGCAAAGAACAAUGUGCUAAAGUUGUUGAAUAUCGUUCUCCCAUUCAUACAAUGCAGACUAUAGAAACAAUAGUUUCAACUAAUAGGAGCAGUCCAGGUUCUGUUGUUGAAUCCCCUAAAGUUGGCAUGGUUUUCAAAACAUGGGAGGAUAUAGAGAUUUAUUACAAAAAGUAUGAUGAGCAGGAGGGGUUUGGGGUUACGAGGGUGCAAGGAACGAAAUCUAAAGUUACCAAUGAGCGUAAGUGCAUUACAUGGAGGUGUGAGUGUUGGGGUGCCCCUAACAUGAGGGCUCAAAGGGAGGCGAAGAAGAGGGCAAAGGAGAUGGAUGUUGCCGGGUGUAAAGGUAAAGUUAAUGGAGUCAUAGGAGUGCAAGAGCAUGCUCAAGGCAAGAUAAAGUCAAAGAAAUGUUACUCCCUUGUUAUGAUAUAUGCCGAGGUUAAUGAAGAUGGGGAGUGGGAGUUAAGGAAGGUUUUUAAUGAGCACAAUCAUGACCAAAAUCCCAGUGAUGCAGUGUUGGUUAAAGAAUAUAGGAUGAAGAACUACACCUCAAAUGUGAGAAAGACUCUGAUUAAUUUUUAUGAAGAGGGUUUACCUGUUUCCAAAAUUCGUAAUGGUCUGUCACAUACGAAGGAGGUGUUGCCUUCUUUGAAGGACAUGGAACACGAGGUUUAUAAAGCUACGAGACUGAAAAUGGAGGGUGGUGAUGCGAUAGCCAUGAUGGCUUAUUUUGACCGGAUGCAAGCGGACAAUCAGAAUUUUUACCAUUGUCACCGAUUAGACCAAUAUGAUCGGUUGAAGGAUGUUUUAUGGGUGGAUGCUAGGAGUCGGGCUGCAUAUGAGUAUUUUGGGGAUGUAGUCUGCUUUGAUGCUGCCUAUUUAACAAAUCGAUACGAACUUCCAUUUGCGAAUUUCGUGGGUGUGAAUCAUCACGGGCAGUCCUUCCUAUUGGGCUGUGCACUAGUUUCACGAGAAGAAGCUGAAACAUACACAUGGGUUUUUCGGCAGUGGCUUGCUUCCAUGGGCAACAAAACUCCACUAGCUAUUCUGACUGAUCAAGCAGCAUCCAUGAGGAAGGCCUUGGUACAAACAAUGCCCAGUUCCAAGCGUCGUUGGUGUAUAUGGCAUAUUGUCAGGAAGUUUGGUGACAAACUAGGAAAGUGCGACAAGUGAGUGAUUGGUUGUUUUGCUGUUUGUUUAUUGUUCAACUUUAAAUUAU